AUGAGAUACAGUCUUGUUGCCAUUGCGGCGACUGCCCUCCUAGGCAGUGUGUCUGCACGAGGACACUCCCACCGCCGCCACGCCCAUGCUGCCCAUGUCGAUUUGGCACCCCGCGAGAUUGUUCCUGAGGUCGUUCCGGACGAGUGUGUUUGCUCUACCUAUGUCACCUCAUACUUAGUUGAGGUCACUCUCACCCCUGAGCCGACUAUCGUCUCCGAUGCCACUACUACUGUCCAGGCAGUAAAGACCGUUGUCCCCAUUGGUGAAGUUGAUGCUACAUACUCAAUCCCCCCAGCUGAAGGUUCAGGUGUCCCUGGCUCCGGUGUCCCUGGAACUGACGUCGGUGCUCCAUCUGGUGCUCCUUCAACUGGUGUUCCUUCAACUGGUGUUCCUUCAACCGGUACAUCAACUGGUGUCCCAGCUGCCGGGGCUCCAUCUGGUGUUGCCCCCACUGAUGAGCUUACCACAACUAUCUCCAGCACCGUCACACACACUGAGACCUCAACAUCUUUGACUACCAUCACUACUUACUCGUCAGAGGUGGAUGCAGUCUCGUCAGUCUCUGGUGUUGCUUCAGCUCCUGCCACUACUCCAGCUGGACCUGUCCCCACCCAGCAGGUGACCACCAUUGCUACCCCCGGUAUCUACACCAUCCCAGCUACCACAGUGACAUUGACAAGCACCGAAGUUGUCUGUGUCCCUGAGACCACUUCGCUCCCCGCCGGUCAGCAGACCUACGGUGGUGUUACCACCAUCGUCGAGACUUCAACCACUGUUGUCUGCCCGCUUGCCACUGUUGAGGUUGAUGAUGGUGUUACUACCAGCAAGAUCUACACUACCACCUACAUCUGCCCGACUGCUGGUACUUACACCAUUGGUGCUACCACUACUGAUGUUCCUGCACCAACCACCGUCGAGUACCCAGUACCAACCGCCUAUGCUCCUGGAACCUACGUCCAGCCUGAGGUUGUCACCACCAUCACCGUCACUUCUCAGGUUGUCACUUGCCCGCUCUUCACCGCCGCUCCUACUUCUGAUGCAACCAGCACUGCCGUUGCCGUUGUUCCUACCACCACUGCUGCCCCUGCGGUCCCAACUUCCACCGCCGGCUCAACUACUGCCCCCGCUGACUCCAUCGUUUCAAGUGUCUCCAGCGUUGUCGCUACUGUUAUCCCUUCGAACUCUGUUUCCUCCGCCGCCCCUGCCGCGUCUUCCGCCGUCGGUGAGAUUACCUCCAACGGCGGUCUCUGGGCCAUUACUUACUCUCCAUACGCCAACGGUGGUGGAUGCAAGACCGCUGAGGAAGUCGAGACCGAUGUUGCUUCAAUUGCCUCCAAGGGAUUCCAGAACAUCCGUAUCUACUCCACCGACUGCUCCGGUCUCGAGAAUGUUGGUGGAUCUGCUGAGAAGCACGGCCUUGGAUUGAUUCUUGGCAUUUUUCUCAAGGCUGGCUGUGGCUCCACUGGCGCCGACCAGAUUAAGGAUAUCAUCGCCUGGGGCAAGUGGGACAUGAUUGUCUUGGUGGUCAUUGGUAACGAGGCUGUCUUCAACGGGUACUGUUCCGCAUCCGAGUUGGCCGGCUACAUGACCAGCGUUGGCUCCGAACUCAAGAACGCUGGUUACAGCGGCCCUGUCACUACCACUGAGCCCUUGAACAUCCUCCAGUCUUACGGUGCUUCCGACCUUUGCGCUGCUAUGGAUGUUAUUGGUGUUAACAUCCACCCCUUCUUUAACGCUGGUACCGCUGCCUCUGACGCUGGUACUUUCCUGUCCAGCCAGGUCGCUCUCACUGAGGCUGUCUGCUCUGGAAAGAAGGCUUGGGUCCUUGAGUGCGGUUGGCCCUCAUCCGGUGAGGCUAACGGUCUCGCCGUCCCCGGUGUCGCUCAACAAGCCACUGCCGUCGCCGCCAUGGUUGCCGCUCUGCCUGGACGUGUCGCAUACUUCACCUUCACUGAUGACUACUGGAAGGCACCCGGUGCCUACAAUGUUGAGCAGCACUUCGGUCUUGCCCAGCUUUUCACUUCAUAA